AUGGCAACAUAUUUGGAGUUCAUUCAGCAGAAUGAAGAACGAGAUGGUGUGCGCUUUAGUUGGAAUGUGUGGCCUUCCAGCCGCCUCGAGGCUACAAGAAUGGUUGUUCCCCUGGCUUGUCUCCUCACUCCUUUGAAAGAACGUCCAGACCUGCCUCCGGUACAAUAUGAACCUGUGCUCUGCAGCCGGCCAACUUGCAAAGCCAUUCUCAAUCCACUUUGUCAGGUUGAUUAUCGAGCAAAACUUUGGGCCUGUAAUUUCUGUUUCCAAAGAAAUCAGUUUCCUCCUGCUUAUACAGGCAUAUCUGAGGUGAAUCAGCCUGCUGAAUUGAUGCCCCAGUUUUCUACAAUUGAGUAUGUGAUACAGCGAGGUGCUCCAUCCCCUCUGAUCUUCCUCUAUGUGGUUGACACGUGCCUGGAAGAAGAUGACCUUCAAGCACUCAAAGAAUCCCUGCAGAUGUCCCUGAGUCUCCUUCCUCCAGAUGCUCUGGUGGGUUUGAUCACAUUUGGGAGGAUGGUGCAGGUUCACGAGCUCAGCUGUGAAGGAAUCUCCAAAAGUUAUGUCUUCCGAGGGACCAAGGAUUUAACCGCAAAGCAAAUACAGGAUAUGCUGGGCCUCACCAAGCCUGCCAUGCCCAUGCAGCAAGCAAGACCUGGUCAACCACAGGAGCACCCUUUCGUUUCAAGCAGAUUUCUGCAGCCCAUUCACAAGAUUGACAUGAACCUCACUGAUCUCCUUGGGGAGCUGCAGAGGGACCCAUGGCCUGUGACUCAGGGGAAGAGACCUUUGCGAUCCACUGGUGUUGCUUUGUCCAUUGCUGUUGGCCUGUUGGAGGGCACUUUUCCAAACACGGGAGCCAGGAUUAUGUUGUUUACUGGAGGUCCCCCCACCCAAGGGCCCGGCAUGGUAGUUGGAGAUGAACUAAAGGUUCCUAUUCGUUCCUGGCAUGAUAUUGAGAAAGAUAAUGCACGUUUCAUGAAAAAGGCGACCAAGCACUACGAGAUGCUUGCCAACCGAACUGCUACAAAUGGUCACUGCAUUGAUAUUUACGCUUGUGCCCUUGAUCAGACGGGACUUCUGGAGAUGAAGUGUUGUGCAAAUCUUACUGGAGGCCACAUGGUGAUGGGAGACUCUUUCAACACCUCUCUCUUCAAGCAGACUUUCCAGAGAAUUUUUACUAAAGAUUUCAACGGAGAUUUUCGCAUGGCGUUUGGUGCUACUUUGGAAGUGAAGACCUCUCGAGAGCUGAAAGUUGCAGGAGCCAUUGGUCCUUGUGUGUCUCUGAAUGUGAAAGGACCAUGUGUGUCAGAAAAUGAGCUUGGUGUUGGUGGCACAAGUCAGUGGAAAAUCUGUGGCAUGGAUCCCACAUCUACACUUGGCAUCUACUUUGAAGUAGUCAAUCAACACAACGCCCCGAUCCCCCAGGGAGGCAGAGGCGCCAUCCAGUUUGUCACUCAGUAUCAACACUCCAGCACCCAGAGGCGCAUCCGCGUGACCACCAUUGCCCGAAAUUGGGCAGAUGCACAAAGCCAGCUCAGGCACAUAGAAGCAGCAUUUGACCAGGAGGCUGCAGCAGUCUUGAUGGCUCGGCUGGGGGUGUUCCGUGCAGAGUCAGAGGAAGGGCCUGAUGUGCUCCGGUGGCUAGACCGACAGCUCAUUCGACUGUGUCAGAAAUUUGGACAGUAUAACAAAGAAGACCCCACUUCUUUUAGGUUAUCAGAUUCCUUCUCUCUGUAUCCUCAGUUCAUGUUCCAUCUUAGAAGAUCUCCAUUUCUCCAAGUGUUCAACAACAGUCCUGACGAGUCAUCGUAUUACAGACACCAUUUUGCCCGACAGGACCUAACUCAGUCCCUCAUCAUGAUCCAGCCCAUUCUGUACUCCUACUCGUUCCACGGGCCACCAGAGCCAGUACUCUUGGACAGCAGCAGCAUUCUAGCUGACAGAAUUUUGCUGAUGGAUACUUUCUUCCAAAUCGUUAUUUACCUUGGUGAGACCAUAGCCCAGUGGCGUAAAGCUGGGUACCAGGACAUGCCUGAGUAUGAAAACUUCAAGCACCUUCUGCAGGCACCACUGGAUGAUGCUCAAGAGAUUCUGCAGGCACGCUUUCCAAUGCCACGUUACAUUAACACCGAGCACGGAGGCAGCCAGGCCCGAUUCCUUUUGUCCAAAGUGAACCCAUCUCAGACACACAAUAACCUGUACGCUUGGGGACAGGAAACAGGAGCACCCAUCCUAACUGACGAUGUUAGCCUGCAGGUGUUCAUGGAUCAUUUGAAGAAGCUGGCUGUGUCCACUGCUUGUUAAGCUGGAGAUGUGAGCAGAACAUUGUCACAUUGUGUUCACAAUUGCUUAUUAUGGCUCAAAAACAUUCCUUUCAC